GCCGAUCCUGAGCAGGUUCAACAUCUGAAAUUCUCGCGCUGCCACUGCAACUGCGAAGUUGACUGAAGGAGCAGAGCAGAGAAGAAUGUCAGGGUUAAAGGAAUUGCUUAAGAAAGGGUUAGGUUUAGGAGACAUGGCGUUCAACGCCGGCGGAGGAGCCAUCACCUGGUUCCCUGGCCACAUGGCCGCCGCCACGCGCGCCAUCCGCCACCGUCUCAAAGUCUCCGACCUCGUCAUCGAAGUCCGAGAUGCCAGACUUCCUCUCUCCUCCGCCAACGCCGAUCUCCAGCCACACCUCUCCGCAAAACGACGCGUCGUCGCACUCAAUAAAAAAGACCUUGCCAACCCUAACAUCAUGCAUAAAUGGACGCAUUAUUUCGAAACGUGCAAGCAGGAUUGCAUUCCAAUAAAUGCUCACAGCCAGAGUUCCGUGAGGAAGCUUCUGGAGCUGGUGGAGUUCAAGUUGAAAGAAGUCAUUUGCAGGGAACCGACGCUGCUUGUGAUGGUGGUCGGUGUUCCCAACGUUGGCAAGUCUGCUUUGAUUAACUCUAUUCAUCAGAUUGCAAAGUCUCGAUUUCCUGCGCAGGAGAAGAUGAAGCGUGCUGCUGUGGGUCCGCUACCUGGUGUUACUCAAGACAUAGCAGGAUUUAAGAUAGCACAUAAACCAAGUAUAUAUGUCCUGGAUUCCCCCGGGGUUCUGGUUCCGAGUAUCUCGGACAUAGAGACAGGGUUAAAGCUGGCUCUGGCAGGGUCCGUCAAAGACUCGGUAGUGGGUGAGGAGCGUAUUGCUCAAUACUUAUUGGCAGUUUUGGAUACCCGGGGGACUCCACUUCACUGGAAGCACCUAAAUAAUAGGAGACUAGAUGGGAUUGAAUACGAAGCUGAGGCGAAUCAUGAGUAUAGUCUGAAAAAUCUUAAGCCAAAGAGAAGAAAUCCGCCAAAUAGAUCUGAUUUGGUGUAUGUUGAGGAUCUUGUAAUGGGAGUUCAGCAUGCGCUCUAUUUAACUCUAACAGAAUUCAAUGGGAAUGUGGAAGACGAGAAUGACCUGGAGUGCCUUAUUGACCAGCAAUUUAGUGUACUCCAAAAGGCAAUGAAGAUACCUCACAAGGCUUCAGAAGCACGGUUAAUGGUAUCCAAGAAGUUACUUACUCUAUUCAGGUCAGGUAAGCUUGGUCCUUUCAUUCUUGAUGAUGUCCCGGAUAUCAAGCCUGUAUCAUAAUGUCGAUUGAAUAUUCCUACCCACCUCUCCUUUUUCUGUGUAUUAGAUCUUUUACCUUUACUCCUUCCCCAUUUGUGCUAUAUGUCUUUCAUUCUAAUUUUUGCUGUAACUUGUAAAUAAGGAUUAAUUUAAUUUAGGAAGAUAUUGAACUUUUUUUGUGUGAUGCGGGUGAUUUGCCAGCAUUUAAGUUCUAAAGUAUUUUUUUGUUUCCAACCCCCCCAACAUUGAAUUUCUUAAUUACUCGACAAUGGUCAGUGGGUGAAUUAAUUGUCA